AUGCAUUUGACCUUGUAUUCUGAAACGACGCCAUUUCACUGGGAACAGCCCCGGGUCUUCUUCCCCAAACUAGAACCAAAAUACAAUUCUCUCGAGGUCGCCAAAAAUGGCGGCCACCAAGCACAAGGCUCCCGCGCGGAGCUUGGAGAAAAUGAACUCAAGGGUUCGGCUCUUUUCUCUUCUACUCACUGUGCAAUACGGAGCUCAGCUCCUGAUCUCCAAACGAUGCACCAGAAGAGAAGUGAUGACCUCUUGGAAGCCAUGGAAAUAAGCUUAGAUGUCCCUUGGAGCCGCUGGUGCGACCUCUUGGAGCUACACACCAAGUGCUCGACGAAUUGACUGAAGAAGAAGGCUGUGCGCGCAGCACAGCG